AUGGCCGAUGACGCGUUUUGCCGUUGGAGCGAACUCUUGUUUCAAAGUGCUCGACUGCAAGUGCUAAAACGGCGAGCCGUAACUGCCGAGGACUUUGCCGAAGCCUCUCGACUGAAGAAGUCAGAAGCAGAAGUUCAGAAAGAAAUUUGCAGCGCCGAGCAGGAGGCGGUCACUUUCAGACCAGCAAGUAGUCACCAGCAGUUGGAAGAAUUCAAAAAGGAAGCAGUGAUGGGAGAGGAUUUUGCAGAGGCUGGACGGAUCAAGAAGCUGCAAGAAAAAUACAUUGAGGCGGAUGCCUUGAGCGACUUACCUGGAUGUGCGCUCUUGCGAGCGUUGAUCUUAGCAAAGGGCCAAUCUGCAGAUUGCUCAGAAGUGGUGAGUGAACUGCACAGCAUGCUGCAGCAGCACCACAUGCGCAAUAAGUUUCCAACCUUGACCCAGUCGACGCAGAAUCAUCUCCCAGAGGAGGACAAAGUGCCCGAAUCUAGCAAAGCUGCAUUGAAGGUCAACAGCUUUGUGACAAAGGAGCUUCAAUCAUCCACUGCAGAGAAAGCACCAGCCAAAGAGCUAUCUCAGCCGUCAGCCGCAAGCACUGGCACAAUGAAGGACGAUCAGAAGAGGAGCAGACCUUUGGAGGACGCCAGUUUGAAGAAGCGGAAAACAAGCUCCGAUUGUAAGCAGGAGGACAAAGUGCCCAAAUCUAGCAAAGCUGCAUUGAAGGUCAACAGCUUUGUGACAAAGGAGCUUCAAUCAUCCACUGCAGAGAAAGCACCAGCCAAAGAGCUAUCUCAGCCGUUAGCCGCAAGCACUGGCACAAUGAAGGAUUCCAGCUCGAAGAAGCAGAAAAGAAGCUCAGAGGCAGCAAAAGUGCAGGCAAAACAGGAGCUUUGGACGAACGUCUGGGAGGAAACCUGGUGGAAGGCGGAUGCCCAGGGCCAGUCACACGACUUGCGCAAGGAGUUUGAGAAGCUUCUGCAGUGCGGUCGCUGCAAGAGUGCCUUCUACUGCUCGCGGGAGUGCCAAAACAAUGCAUGGAAGACUCACAAGAACAUUUGCCGCAAGCCCUCUGAAGAGCCAGCGGAAGCUACGAUUCAGCUGUCCAGAUUGGCAGAGAAGGAGGCGAAACCGAAGCCAAAGAGUUUCGUAGAGCCUCCAGUGACUGUCACAAAGGAAGAUUUGGAAGAGCCUGAAUCAGAUCAGCAGUUUAGGCAGGAACUUCUGAGGGAGACAAAAGAGAUCAAUGCCAAGAUGAUGACGGUCAUACAAGAAUCUGGCCGCAAUCCUGCUGUAUUUCUUCCCAAAGUCAUGUCAUUGAAGGAAGAGUAUCAUUCGCAAAUCUUGUCGCGAAUCAGCGCCAAGAGUGGUGAGCAGGAGGAUUUUGCAGCUGAGAAACUGGGAGAGGAGCUGAUGAAGGAGGUGAUUAUGGCCAUCCUUCAGAGAGGGAUCUCCGGAUCUGCCGACCAGUUGGACUUAGCAAACAAUCACUUCCGCGCAGGAAUCCUGCAACAAAGAUCACCAUCAGAUUUUGCACUGCAAGAGGGUGAUUUGGAUGGCCUUGAACCUGCUGUGUCGCGCGUUGCACAAAGAGGCUUCGUGACGAUUGAGGGUUUGUUGGAUGAGGAGAUCGCCACAGCCAUCCAUCAGGAGUGCGAGGAGAAGUUCUGGAAACAAAGUGGUGCCAUGUCCUUGGCACAGGGGCCUGCAGAUGGCAUCUUCGAGUGUUGGUUGCCAUUUCCUGCGAGACAAGGAACCUCUCCUGAGCUUGAGCAUGCAUUGCGGAUACUCUUCGGUUUACCACAUGAGUUUCUCCGACAUGGCUAUGCAACAAAGCUGAAAGUGCCGACAAUGGCGCACUUGGUAUGCAUUCCACCUGGUGGACGCGAGAAACUCCAUCGCGACUUCGCUUGCGACAGUGGAGCUGCUGGAAGAGAGCUGACCUUUUCCCUCUUCUUGGCACAUCAGUGGAAGAUGGAGGAUGGCGGUGCCCUCCGCGCCCGUAUCGACGCUAGUGAGGCCAUCAUCCACGAUCCAAAGGAUCCAAAGGAUCCGGUUCAGCCAGCAGAUGAUCCAAAAUCAGGGGAUCCAGAGGAGGAGAAGAGAUGCUUUAAGGACGUCCUUCCAGAAGUUGGUCGCUGUGCUAUUUUUCGAUCAAGAGAAUUGUGGCAUGAAAUGCUGACUCCAAGACACAGGUUAUGGGUGUUGACAUUAUUUGCAUAUCGAGCUUGA